AUGAUUCAGGUUCAACUACUAUUUCCUGCUAGUAACCUGCAACAUAUAAAACUGGAAAACCAAACUCAGCUUGCAGAAUUCUUCCUCCUGGGAUUCUCAGAGGACCCAGUACUGCAGCCUCUCAUCUUUGGGCUGUUCUUCUCCAUGUACCUGAUCACUGUCAGUGGAAACCUGCUCAUCAUCCUGGCCAUCCUCUCUAACCCACAACUCCACACGCCCAUGUACUUCUUCCUCGCCAACCUGUCCUUCUCUGACAUCUGCUUCAUCUCUACCACCAUCCCCAAGAUGCUGGUGAACAUCCAGACACAGAGCCAAGCCAUCAGCUAUUCAGGCUGCAUCACACAGAUGUACCUUUUUAUAUUCUUCAUAGGAUUAGAAAUUUUACUCCUGACAAUGAUGGACUAUGACCGGUUUGUGGCCAUCUGUCACCCUCUGCACUACACAGUCAUCAUGAACUUCCAAGUCUGUGUGAAGCUCGUGCUGGUAUGCUUGGUCAUUGGUGUCCUGAAUGCCCUUAUGCAGAGCUUACUGGUGCUGAGGCUGAACUUCUGCACACACCUGGAAAUCCCUCACUUUUUCUGUGAGUUGAAUCAGGUGGUCCACAGAGCCUGUUCUGACACCUUUCUCAAUGACCUCAUGGUCUAUAUUGCAGCUGUGCUGCUGUUGGUUGUUCCCCUGUCUGGGAUCCUGUACUCUUACUCCAAGAUCAUAUCCUGCAUCUGUCCCAUCUCAUCAAAACAGGGCAAGUAUAAAGCCUUUUCCACCUGUGCCUCUCAUCUCUUGACCAUCUCCCUAUUUUAUGGCACAAGCAUAGGUGUGUAUCUCAGUGCUAGUGCUGCCCCAAGUUCAACCUCAACUUCAGCAGCCUCGGUGAUGUACACAGUGGUCACUCCCAUGCUGAACCCCUUCAUUUACAGCCUGAGGAACACAGACAUGAAGAGGGCUCUGAAAAGACUGCUGUUCCCUAAAUGA